UUUCAUGAGUUCAUUUGUCUUUGUAUAACUCAUAUGUGCUCACAAAAUAUAAGCUUUUUUGCAACUGAUGAAUUUUAUUCUGGAGUCCUACAUGUUCUUACUUCAAUAGAAUUACCGAUUCAUUUAUUUGGUGCAUAUAUUAUUGUUGCGAAGACACCAAGAAAAAUGAGAACAGUUAAAGCAAGUAUGCUCGCACUUCAUUGUAUUGGAGCAUUUGUAGAUUUUUAUCUUAGUUUUAUUGCAAUUCCAGUGUUGACUCUUCCUGUUUGUUCAGGAUAUCCACUUGGAUUUUCAUUAGUUUUAGGAAUUCCAACAGAUGUUCAAGUUUAUUUAGGUAUCUCAUUUGUUGGCGUGAUAGCUGUUACAAUUUUAUUAUUUUUUGAAGACCGUCAUCACCGUUUAAUUAAUAGUAACAUUUCGAAUGGUGCUAGAAACUGGAAACGUGUUCUGUAUUCAAUUAUUCAUUAUAUUAUUUCGGUCACUUUUAUUGCACCGGGAUAUAUGAACAUUCCGGAUCAACUACAAGGAAGAGCUACUGUUCAACAGGAGAUUCCAUGUAUCCCAAAAGAUGUCAUAAAUCGACCUGGUUAUUUUGUACUAUCAAUCGUGAAUACAAUUCCUUGCCUUUGCCUUAUUUUCAUGUUUUCACUCAUCAUUCCUCAAGCUUUAUAUUUUGUUCUUUCUAUUUUUUGGUAUCUCUACCACACUGUUUCAAAAUCACAGGUUACAAAUCGCCUCCAAAAACAAUUUUUCUUUGCUUUAUGCAUUCAAGUAUUCAUACCAAUUUUUGUGUUAUCAUUUCCCGUUCUAUACAUAGUUUUGGCAAUUUGGUUCAACUAUUAUAAUCAGGCUGCCACAAAUUUUGCACUUUUUGGAAUUGCACUUCAUGGAAUUCUAUCAACGCUGACAAUGCUUUUUGUGCAUACUCCAUAUCGUGAAGCAACUUUCCAAAUAUUCCACGUCAGUACGAAACGAACUGCAAAUGGUUCUCAACAAAUAUGGAGAACAACCGUUGGAACACAAGCACAGCAAAGUAUUUGGUAAAAUACGUAUUGAAUGAUUGUACUCAUUUUUUUUGUUAAAUGCAACUUGAUAAAAUAAUUUUCAA